CAUCAAUUGUAUACGGCAGUAAAUUUCGGAGAAAUGGUAUGGAUAAAUUCAUGUCCUCAAGGACUUGUACCGUUAGUUUUCAAAGAAGAAAUUAUUAAAAUUAUACAUGUACCUCAUACUCCUUUAUUAGUAAUAUUAACUUCGAUUGGAGUAUACGUUUAUGAUCAAUAUACAUUAUUACCAUUAGUUAGUCAUAUUCGAAAUCAAGAUUCAAUUAAUCAACAUGGUCAUAAUGUUAAUAUUAAAACUAAACAUGUAUCAGUUAAUACUGCUUUAUUACAAAAAUUAAAUUCUGUUAAUUUUUUUGUUCAAACUAAUCAAAAUUAUCUUAUAUUAUAUCAUUGUUCAAUUAACUAUACUACAUCAUUAUUUGAAGUUAGUAAUAGUAAAAAUGAUGAAGUAAUUCAAACUGGAUUACCAUUAAGUGUUACUUCACAAAAAUUUACAUUUACAAAAUUUGUUAAGAGUGCAACAAGAUCAAUUAUUCAAGGUAAUCAAGAUAUUUCAAUUAAUUUAGAAAAUAUUGAACAUUUUAAUAAUGGAGCUAUUGAAGAUGAAUUAGGAAAUUUUCAAAUUGAAAAUGCUAAAUUAUCUAUUUUUAAAAUUCUUAAAAUUGGAAUUGGAUUAAAUAGAUAUUGGUUAAAACAAAAUUCUCAUAAUUUAAUAGUAUUUAAUAAUAAGAAUGAAAGAAAUAAUAGUAUUAUUGAAGAAUCAGAAUCAAUUUCACCUUCAAUUCCUGAAGAAAAUUGUUUUCAAAUAGUUAAUAUGCAAAGUUUUAAAAAUGAAGUAUUUCAUUUAGCUGAUUAUUCAUGGUAUGAAAGUGGAGAAGAUUCUAAAAUUAUUUAUAUAAAUUAUAAUGUAUUUAAAAAUUAUUUUAUAUUUUUAAAUGCUAAGGGACAAUUAUGGUAUUUUAAAUUUGAUGUUCAUGAUGAUCAUGUUAUACCAAAGGGACAUUUAUUAACAACAUUUCCUGGAGAAGAUUUAAGACAAUCAACAUUUAAAUUUGCAUUUAAUCCUCAACUGAAUUUACUUUUAUUACAAUUAGGAAUUGAAGUUAAACUUUAUAAAGUUAAUCAUGAUACUUUUGAAUUUGUUAAACAUAUUGAUGUAAAUAUAAGUCAUAAUACUAAAUUAAUUUGGUCAUCAUGUGGAAAUUUUUUUAUUAUUUUAGAUAAACAAUCAUCUAAAUGGACUUUAUUUACAAAAUUUGGUAGUAUAUCAUUUAAUACUAAUGAAUUAUUAAAAGAAUUAGAUGAAAAUUAUGAACAUAAUCGAGAUUUUUUAAGAGCAUCAGAUAUAAUUAUUACUCCAAAUUCAAAUGGAUUAAAUAUAUUAAGUGAAGAUAAAAAGACUUUAUAUUAUGUUAAUUUAUUAAAAGUUAAUGAUAAUGCAUGUUUUUAUGAUAAUGAAUAUAUUAGUAUAAUUCAAAAUAAUCGAAGUUUAGUUAAAUUUCCUUUAUUACCAAAAUUUAAAAGAAUUCUUUCAAGAUUAGAAAAUUAUAAUGGUAAUUCAAAUAAAUCUUUAAAAAGUGUUAAUGGAAUAUUUAAUAUGAGUAGAAAUGAAAGUAAUCAAAUUGCUUUAUCAUAUGGUGAACAUUUAGCACUUUCAACUCCUUUAACAACUGAUGGAAAUGAUAUUAAUCAUGUUUUAUGGUUUAAUUUUAGAAAUUAUUAUUUGGAUAGUUUAAAUAUAGUUCAUCAAUUUUGGUAUAAUGAUUAUUUAAUUAUUGUUAAUAGAAAACAAGGUCAAGAAUAUGACACAGAAGAAGAUCUGAAUGCUCAAACUAAUGAUGAUAAGCAUUUAGUUGAUGAAAUUAUUAUUUUUGAUACAAGUGUAACUAAAUAUGGUGCAGGAGGUGGAGAUAUAAAAUUUGAUAAUGAUUUAAUGCUUUGGAAAUAUGAUUUUAAAACUACUUUAAUUGAUAUUCAACCAGUUAAAUUUAAUGACAAAGUAACUCAUCUUGUACUUAUAACUGAUGAUUAUCGUUUAAUAAUAAUUGAAUUAAAUAAUAGUAGAACUAUUGCUAAAACAACUUCAUCAUCAAAUUUACAAAAUCCUACUACUCAAAGGAGUUAUAAAAUAUUUAUUGGAGUUAAUAAAACUAUUCAUUUAUCUUCAAUUAAACAUCGAUUUGCAAUUAAAGAUAUUAUUAAAACAAGUAUGAUUGAUAAAAGACAUUUUAUAUUUUUAUUAGGUUCAGGAGAUAUUUAUCUUUUAAAGAAUCAAUCAACAACUGGUUCAUUUGCUAAUCCUGUAGAUGCAGUUAAACCAAGUAAUAUGUAUGAUUUAAUUAGAAUUGGUACUGGAAUUGAAUUCUUUAAAUUUAAAUCAAUUAAAUUUGAUAAUGAUAAACAAGUUAAUUAUAUUUAUUUAUUUAAUGGUGAUUCAUUAUUAGUUUAUGAAAUUAAUGAUUUAAUUUCAAAUUCUUAUGAUAAAGAAAAUGAAUUAGUUUUAAAUGAUAAUGGUGAAGGAAUUGAAGAUAUUCAUCAUGAAAAUCAUCAUACUGAACCUGAUCCAAUUAGAAUUGAUAUAGAUAAUUAUCAACCAUUAAUACUUGAUAGUAUAAUUAGUGAUGAUUUUUCUUCAUUAAAAUCUAUUGAUUUAAUUGGUCUUGAACAUGCUGUUAUAAAUAAAAUAUCAAGUGGUAUGUUAAUUAUGAAAAGUAAAGUAUCUCAUAAAUUAGUUCUUAAUAAUUUUAUGGAAUAUGAUUUAAUUCAUAAACUGAAUGAUAAAAAUGAAUUAAUUCAAUCAUUUAAAAAAUUUCAACUGUUUAAAAAUUAUAGUUAUUGUCUUGAAUUAUUAUUAUUUAAAUAUUUAACGAGAGAUGAAGAGACUAAAAAUACAUUAAAGAAAUUAAUUACAUUAAUUGAAUUAACUAAAGAUCCUGCUUCAGUAUAUAUUAAUUGUUUAAGAAAAAUUGAAGUAGGAUAUUGGGAUAAUUUCUUUACAGUUCUUGAUACAACACCAGUUAAAUUUAUGACUAGAUUAAUUGAAAGUGAGAAUGUAGAAGAUUGUUAUAAUUAUUUAAUUGUUUAUCUUAAUUUUAAAAAGGAAGGUGAUGAAGAUGAAACUACAGAAUUAGAUUUUGUUCUUAAUAGUAAUGAUGAAGAAAUUAUUUUAAAGAUUAUGAAGAUGUUAGAUAAAUCACAGAAAUGGGACUGGUGCUUUGAAUUAUGUCGAUUUAUUAAAUUACUUCAACCAUCAGGAGAUCUUCUUAGACUUAUUAAAGAAGGAUUACAGUAAUUAGAGUCAAUAGAUGUAUAAAAUGUAUAAAAUGUAUAAAAUGUAUGAAUUAAAA